UGUAUAUAGGCAGCAUAUUUUAACAAACAAUUUAUUAACAUUCAUCAAUCUUAUUCUCUGUCCGACAAACCUAAAUAGUCGACAUGUGAGACUCAUUACGAUGUCGAAUGAUUGACGAACAAUUUAACGAUCGCGAACCAUUGAAUGGUAAUGAAAGCUAGUUUAUGGUGAUAGAUCUAUUUCGUAUUUCACCCUCUGACAGUCGGGACUAUACAUAUAGUAUCGCAAGCACGUAUCACAUAACCUGGAGAGGUGGCCUGGAUGCCUUUUUUCGUCAUGUACCGUUAUCGUAGAAUAACUUCAGUUCUGCGACCAUAGGUACUACUUAUUUUACUUUGUCCUCAUCGUUCAUCUGUUCGAUUGUAUGUUACAACCUGUGCUCUAUUAGUGUCAAUGUUUAACGAGAAUAAAAACUGAAUGCGUUUCUCCCAGGUAAACAUAGUUCAGUUCUCGUUGCUCACUCUGCGUGGUCAGUUGGAACGGUCCCAUCGAUGCAAGCAAAAUCGCGGGAAACAAAACGAACAUAAAGAGGAAAGGAGCGACCAACGAUCGCAAAAGCAUCCACUGAUAUUCGCCGGAAGUGAUUAACGCAUCGGAAGUGCAAAAUGAGAGUUACGCUCGCCUUAGCAAUAGUUGUCAUUGCUUGUGUCAGCAUUCAAUGCGUUGAUGGUAAAGCAAAGAAAACAACGCAGUUAUCUCUACAAAGCAAAGAGACGAAUGUAGUGAAUUUUAUGAGAUUACUCAUGAUGAGACUUGUGUUUGGAGUUGCAUCGACAAUGGGUUUAGGUGAGAAUCUUUCUGGAGUACUCGGAGGAAUUUUCGUACCACCUGGAGCAGAUGAUUACACUGAUUACGGCGAUGAUGAUUUAAUAUCGGAUUUGUUUUAAUAAUAAUAUUUAUUAAAGUGCAAUUCCAGUAAAAUAUUAUCAAUACAAACUUUUUUUUGUAUUUAAUAUAUCUAAAUAUGAUAAAUUAUAAUUCGCAUAUAUUAUGAAGAAAAAUGAACAUAAUUGUCUUAUAAUUUCAAAUUACGAA